CUGCUGUAUUUAGAAGAAAAAGACAAACAACAAGAGUGUUUUGUCUUAACAGUCUCUUUAUUUCAGCUGUGUUUCGUUCAGAGUUGGAAAUAAGGACGGCGACAUCUCUUCGGGAGUGAAGUUGUGUCUUAUUCCUGAUAGCUUCUCUCUUUCAUCGCCAUGUCAAUGUGUGACCGGCCGGAUCAGAGCGGGCGCUUCUGUGUCUUGUCCUGGGAGCAGGUUCAGCGUUUGGACUCUAUUUUGGGGGAGCCGGUUCCCAUUCACGGACGAGGAAACUUCCCGACACUUUCCGUUCAGCCCCGGCAAAUCGUUCAGGUUGUGCGUACGAGGCUGGAAAAGCGAGGCAUCACUGUAAGAGAUGUGAGGUUGAACGGCUCCGCUGCCAGUCACGUUUUGCACCAGGACACCGGGCUAGGCUACAAGGACUUGGACUUGAUCUUUGGUGUUUCUCUAUCUGACGACCAGGCCUUCCAUCUGGUUAAAGACGUGGUACUGGAGUGCCUGUUUGACUUCCUUCCCGAGGGCGUCAACAAACAGCGCAUCACGGCACUCACUCUGAAGGAGGUGUAUGUGCAGAAGCUGGUGAAGGUGUGCAACGACUCGGACCGAUGGAGUCUCAUAUCUCUCUCCAACAACACAGGCAAGAACGUAGAGCUCAAGUUCGUGGACUCCCUGAGACGGCAGUUUGAGUUCAGCGUGGACUCCUUUCAGAUCGGACUGGACUCUUUGUUGCUCUUUGACCGCUGCUCUGAAGCACCCAUGUCUGAAAGCUUUCAUCCUACCGUGCUGGGAGAAAGUGUGUAUGGAGACUUUGAGGAAGCUCUUGGCCACCUUCAUCAUAAAAUCAUCGCCACACGCAACCCGGAGGAGAUCCGAGGUGGGGGCCUCUUAAAGUACUGCCAUCUUCUGGUAAGAGGAUUCCGGCCGGGAUCAGAGACUGAGAUGAAAUCACUUCAGCGCUACAUGUGCUCACGUUUUUUUAUCGACUUCUCGGACAUCACUGAGCAACAGAGGAAGCUGGAGGCCUACUUGCAAAACCACUUUGUGGGCAUGGAACACAAGCGCUACAGCUACCUUAGCAGGCUCUACCUUGUGGUUAAUGAGAGCACAGUGUGUCUGAUGGGGCACGAGAGGCGCCAGACGUUGAACCUUAUUUCCAUGCUAGCACUGCGGGUGCUGGCUGAGCAGAAUGCCAUCCCAACAGUCACCAAUGUCACAUGUUACUACCAGCCCGCCCCUUACGUACGGGAUAUUAACUUUAGUAACUAUUACAUAGCUCAUGUACCACCACUGGUCCAUACCAGCACUAACUCCUUUCAGACUUGGCUGCCCUGCAAAUGACCUAAACGAAGAAAGAUAAUCAUCAAAAAAAAAACCUGAAAUGGAUAGCCAUCCCUUUCACCUUCUGGUAGGGUGAUAUGGGAGCACAGCUAAUACCAUGCUUGUUUUGGUCUCCACAAUGAAAGCAAUGGAAUACUAUAUUGGCUUUUCAGUAUAAAUGACUAAAGUGAACUGAUUAUUUACUGCUGUAUGUCCAAUAUGAGCCUCUUGCACUCUGAGAUGCUUACUUUUCUGACUAAGUAUGAAACUCUUGGUCUUUUCACAUGUAGCAAAAAAUCAAGCCUGCAGAACUUUCUGAUGGCAUCCCACCACAGGGCUAUAAAAAAAAAAACAAAGAAACCUGUACAAUCUGUUUAAAAGUCUGAAUUACUGAGGUGACGACAAAUUUUUUUCUUUUAACUGACCGAUUUAUGGUCCUGCUUUCUUUAACUGACCGAUUUAUGCUUUGUUUCCUCUUCAUUUAAAGGACCAAAGGUAUUCUAUUUUUCCUAAGAAGGGAUUAAGAAGCUUGAUACAAUUCCAAGUGCCUGAAACUAAAUCAGUGUACAAGCAGAUGAUAACUCUGUGUUCUCAUGAUUUUCUGUCUCCUGCAUUGAAUGUAAAGCUUCAGGGAUGGAGGCAUGCAUUUUCAUGUGAUUAAAAAAAU